CGAGGGAAGCGGCGGGCGGCUACAGGUUGCUAAGGAAGCGGCUGCGGCUCUCUCUUCCCGCCGGGGAGCGGGACGAGAAGGAGCGGGACGGCCCUGGAGGGAGGCUGAAUUAAGACAGAAUGUUGUCAUCUGUGCACACACAGAAUAAUGAUAUUCUAUCAGAGUUGCAUGUUCAAAAAAAGUUGUCUUUGCCUGAUGUUGCUGAGGGAACAAGACAUGCACUACCUAUUACACCUGGAGAAGCAGCAAAACUCUGUUCAUUGAUUCAGUCCUGUGAAGAUUAUUUUAGAAUCAGAAAAGUCAACCAACUUGGAAAAUAUUUUACUGAUCUAAGUGAAGAAGCAGACCAAUUUUCAGCGUGCAUGGAGGAAGAACCCUUGAUGCAGAAUUGGAGUUCAUUUACCAAAGUUAUGGAUAAACAUCAGACCAAGCUGAAAGAACUGUCACCCCAGUUCAAAAGCAGAUCACGGGAAAACUUCCUAGAACAGAACCUGAGUGAAAGUGAAAUGAGAUGGUUGAAAGAACAUGAAAUUGCCACAUUACAGGAAAAGCUUCUUGAAGCAGAGAUGGCAAUCAGUUCAACAGAAAUGUUUUUGCCUUCAUUUAAAGUCACUAUUGCUGGAAUAACAAAUGUGUGUAACCUUUCUGCAUCAGAUAUGAUGAAGAUUUCUAAACAAGAGGAUUUACUGAUAAAGGAACUAGAGGCUCUCAAACACAUAAAAAGAUUGUUACUACACCUACUUAGAACAACAGAGCAUAAAGAAAUAAGCAGUAAACAAAUUGAUCUUUUGAUGCAGAAGUUAACUGAAAGUGAAACUGAAAAUGAUGGUCUCAGAAAAGGAACGCUUGAAACAGAGAAACAUAUUGUAGAGCUUUCUUCUCAGCUUCAACAGGAAAAAGCAAAUGCACUAAAAGCAGACCACCUAUCAAAGUCAGUAGAAGCUGUUCAAGCCCACCUGCAAUGCCAGAUCCAAAAAAAGGAGACAGAGAAUGAUCAGUUGAAAGCAAAAAUACAGACUCUGGAAAAGAAAAUAACUGAGUGGAAGCUUCAAAUUGGCAAACACAAGCACCAAAUUUUAGCUGUAAAGGAAACAAAUGAGCAAAAGAAGAAAUCUCUGAAAAAAGCAACCAGAGCCCAGAAACAGAGAGCUGAACGUUUUGAAGCAUCUAUUGAAAAACUAACUUCCAAAAUUAGAAAGAGGGAAGUCAAAUUGUCUGAAGUACUUUCAGCUUCCAGUGCCUGGAAAAAUCAUCAUGAGAAGGCUGUAGAAGAAAAGACUCGGUUAGAGGUUCAAUUUGAAACUCUGAAGAAGCAGAUCACAAACCUUUUGGAGGACCUGAAAAAAAUACAAGAUCGUGGAAGAAAUUCAAAUGAAGAAAUCCAUGGAAAACUUAAUUCUAUCAAUUCAGAAAGUGCAAAUAUUCGUCUUGAAAAUGCAAAAUUAAAGGUUUUACUUGCUGCUUUGGAAGACAACACUGUUUUGGCUGAAGCUGAACUCUUAAAUCUGCAAGAAAAAGUAAAGCAGCAGGAAAACCUUGCUGAACAGUAUAAAACUCAGGUACAAAAAUUACAAAUGGAAGCAGAAGAAUUGAAAGCCAGAUACAAGAAAGUGUUAAAUGAAAACAAAACAAUAACAGAAACCAAAAAUUUAGAGAUAAGUGAGGUGAGGAGCCAGAUACAGGCUCAGUUGAAGGAGUUAGAACAUGUUCGUGACUUACUGAAAGUAGCUGAAGAGAGGCUGCUAGAGUAUCAGGAAAAUCUGUUGUCCUACAAAAGAAGCUAUGCAGACAAAUCCAAAACCAUUAGGGAGCUACAGGUUCAGAUGGAUGACAACAAGAAGUUCUUGAGAAACCAUUCUUUGGAAGAGGAAAACUGUAACAUUCAGAAGAAAUAUGAAUAUCUUAAAAGACAAUUAGAAAGGAUGGAAGUACAAAAUGAAGAACUUGUACAUCAGCUGGCAAACCAAGAGGAGAGUCUUCAGCACAGUGAAUUGCAGCUUAAAGAGAAAUUAGCAGAAUAUGAUGCUUUAGCCAGACAGUUGGAGGCUGCUUUAGAAGAAGGCAGAAAAAAGGAGUCUGAAGAGGUUGAAAAAAUGUCAUCCAAGGAGAGAGCUCUUCAGACAAAAAUAUUGACUCUGGAAACCGAAUUAAGAGAGAGACGAGAGGAGCAAAAGCGACUUGUCUGCAAAUUAAACAAUAGAGAGAAACAUCAGGAAGUAUGUUUGAAAGAAUUAGAGCACACACUACGAAAAUCAGAAAACCAGAACCACAGCAUCCACAGUUAUGUACAGUUCUUGAAAAACUCAUAUGUAACAAUGUUUGGCCGAUUUCUUUGAUUUAGAAUAUUUUAAAUGUUAAAGGGCAGAAUCUUGGAAGGCGCUGAAUGACCUUAACUCUCAGUGAAGUCAAUGGAAGUUGAGGACAUUUUGCUGGAUUGAACCCGUAUCAUUAGGGCUUCAUAGCAAAAUUCUCGCUCCAGGUUUUGCAGAAUUGAGCCUACCCUGAUGUAUAUACACUGGUUGAUCAUGUUCUGAAUGUUUACAUGGUAUUACUAAUCUAAAAAUGGCAUUACUAAUCUUCAUUUCUUGAACAACAGUGAAGGGAAAACUGUGCAAUCUCCAUGAAAGGUGUGUUCCUGUUAUUCACUGUACUUUCAUUGCUGUAGAAAUCUCACUGGAUUCAAUAUGGAUUCCAGCUACCAUGAUGGUAAUAGAAAUACUAUUCUUAAUAUUUUGUAUAUGUAACAUAUAAUUGAAAGAAAAUCCAUUCAAAUUAUUAUGUGGAGGCACUAAAUGUGAUGAUAGUCCUCCUGAUAAUGGCCCCAAUUCAACAAGGUAUUUAAGAAUAUCCCUAAUUUUAAGCACAUUAGUAAUUCAUUUGAAGUCAGUGAGAUUACUCAUGCACUUAAAACAAACCACAUACCUAAGUACCUAGCUGAACUGGGGCCAGUAUGAAGGAAAAUCCUGUUUAUGUAAAUUGGGUUUCUAUGGCAAUAGUUUAAAAUAUUCUUACAGAAUUGUGAUAUUGUUUUUAAAGAUAACAGAUUGAGGUAACGUCUAAACAUCUCAAUAUAUAAAUUUUAAGUGUGUAUUAAAUAUCCUAUAAAUGUCCUUUUUAUAUAAAAAUAUAACUGAUGUUACUUAUUUUGUUUUACAUGUACAUGUUAUAACUGUAAUCUUUUCUCAACAUAUAACAAACUACUA